CUAUUUCUCUCUCUAUCUCUCCAAGGAAGGGUAGAGAGAAGAAAAUUAGAGAAACGGGAAGGGAGAAGAAGCCCUAGAGAGAGGAGGAGGCGAUGGGAAAGCUUCUCUGCGACUCGAGCGCCGUCGCCGAUACCCUAAAGCCCUCGCCGCCCCUCCUCCAAUGGCCGGAGAUCCCACCCCCUGCCUCCACGAUUCCGCCGGCGGAGGCGGAUCCGGCUACCACCGCUGCCGCCGCAUGGGGGGCCGUGUCCGGGCUGGAGCAGCAGCAGCGGCGGCACUUGGAGAAGAUCCACGCGCGGGGGGUGUUCUGGCGGAAUCCCCAGGACGCGUCGGCGCCGGGGACGGUUUUCCGGCUGGAGCACGGCGGUGAGGUUGAGGCGGACGGGAACUGCCUGUUUACCGCGGCAGGGAGGGCGAUGGGGACGGCGGCGAAGGGGAUGGGACCGCGGGAACUGAGGCAGCGGACGGUGCGGCGGUUCCUAGAGGACCACGGAUCGGGGGAAAGGGAAGGGAGGGAGGCGGUAGAUGCGGCGAUCCGGCACCUCUACUCUCCGGAUCUGAAGGCCGGUUGGGGGAUCCACGUGGUCCAGGAGGUGAAGCUCCUCGCGAGGAAGGUGGAUCGGGAGGGCCUGGAAGCCGCCAUCCAAGAGCUCGUAGAUUUGGGGCUCCACAGGGAAGUUGCAGCAGAAUCUAUUUAUAAGGAGAGAUGCAUUGCUGUGAAUGAUGGGCCUAGUUGGGCAAAGUAUAUGUCCAUCUCUGGCUCUCAAGAAGAUGAACACGACAUAAUCACUUUGCAGUAUACAGAAGAGGGCUUGUUAAGCGUAGAUGAGAACUGGGAUGGCCAUGCUGCAGCUUUUGGGGAUGACAUUGCAAUUGAGAGCUUGGCAACAGAGUUCAAGCGAGAAGUUUAUGUGGUUCAAGCACAUGGUUCAGAUGCAAUGGUUGAUGAAGACAAUUGUGUCUUCUUUCUCCCACACCAACCUAGGGGUCAGAUUUGUGGACCUCCAAUUUUUCUGUUUAUGAAAGGCACAGUUUUGAAAUUUACAGGCUGGUGUGGUGCCGGAGCUGACCAUUAUGAACCUUUGGUAGCUAGUCCUAUUCCUCUUAUUUCCAAGGAGAAGGCUGCUGUUAUACUCUGAGGAUACUGAUUAUGCAGUGACGAGAGAUGGAUCAAGAUUUUUUUUAUGUUGGAAAUUGUCAACCAAUUAGGAUUGAAUGAGAAUUCUUAUUGCAUACCUAUUUUUUGACGUGAUCCACUUUGGAUCCACACUGACUCUAACCUGCAGGGCCUUUACCUGCUUUUGAGAGACCUCUUAGUGCCUGUGUAACAGUAUUUCUAGCUUCGGUUGGCGAGAGAGUAUUUUCGAGUUAUUAGAUGGUUAAUUUUUUCCUGCUGUACUGGGUUUUCUGAGUGUUUCAGAUCAGUCCAUCGGAGCUGUUUCUCUUUUUAAGAAAAUUUCGUCUCUAUUAAUUGAUAGAAUUGGUUAAUUUUUUUGUUGUCAAAUACUUAUAUUUCUUUACAAUUUUGUUAGAAGCUUUGGCCAUCGUGAGUGUAGGCUAAUGAUAAACUUUGAUGCAAAAAGUUGUCAUGAACAAGUA